AUGGCCGUGGUUGCUUCUGCUCCUGGAAAAGUGUUAAUCACCGGUGGUUAUCUUGUUUUGGAGAGACCCAAUGCAGGACUUGUUCUCAGUACUAAUGCUCGUUUUUAUGCUAUUGUUAAACCUAUUUACCAUGAAACUAGACCUGAUGCUUGGGCCUGGGCUUGGACUGAUGUUAGAUUAACUUCUCCUCAGCUAUCCAGAGAAGCUUUGUAUAAAUUAGCACUCAAAAAUCUUACUAUCCAAACUGUUUCCUCAAGUGAAACAAGGAACCCUUUUGUGGAAUAUGCAGUGCAAUACUCUGUGGCUGCUGCUUAUGCAACGUUUGACCAAAAUAAAAAGGACUUGUUACACAAACUACUUUUACAAGGUCUUGACAUUACAAUUUUGGGUUCCAAUGAUUUUUAUUCUUACAGGAAUGAGAUUGAGAGGCGCGGACUCCCUUUGACACCAGAAUCAUUGGCCACCCUUCCACCUUUUGCCUCCAUUUCCUUCAAUACCGAUGACGCUAAUGAAGGAAACUGUAAGCCUGAAGUUGCUAAAACUGGGUUGGGCUCAUCCGCAGCCAUGACAACAGCUGUAGUUGCUGCUUUACUUCAUUACCUUGGCGUCGUAAAGAUUUCCUCUUCAAAAGAUCAUCAGGACAGGAAGGAUAUUGCAGAUCUUGAUAUGGUUCAUAAAAUAGCUCAAACUGCACACUGUAUUGCACAAGGGAAAGUUGGUAGUGGGUUUGAUGUAAGUUCCGCCGUGUAUGGAAGUCACCGCUAUGUGCGGUUUUCUCCCGAAGUGAUUUCUUCUACUCAGGUUGCAGCUACAGCAGUGGCCUUGCCAGAAGUAAUCAUUGACAUUCUAAAAGGAAAUUGGGAUCAUGACAGGACCCAGUUCUCUUUACCACCUUUGAUGACUCUUGUACUAGGGGAACCUGGAACUGGUGGAUCUUCCACACCAUCAAUGGUUGGUGCUGUCAAAAAAUGGCAAAAGUCUGACCCUCAGAAAGCUCUGGAAACAUGGAGAAGAUUGUCAGAGGCAAAUUCAGCAUUGGAAACACAACUGAACUUGUUAAGAAAAUUAGCAAAAGAACAAUGGGAUGCAUACAAGUCUGUGAUUAACAGCUGUAGCAUCCUCAGAUCCGACAAGUGGAUAGAACAAGCUUCUGAACCUAACAAAGAAGCAGUUAUUAAAGCACUCCUAGGCUCCAAAGAGGCAAUGGUGGGAAUCAGAUAUCAUAUGCGCCUAAUGGGCGAGGCUGCAGGUGUUCCGAUUGAACCAGAAUCACAAACACAACUUCUAGAUGCUACAAUGAACUUGGAAGGUGUAUUGUUAGCUGGAGUUCCUGGAGCAGGAGGAUUUGAUGCAGUCUUUGCUGUUACUUUGGGAGAUUCAAACAGCAAUGUGACGAAAACAUGGAGUUCAGUUAAUGUUCUCGCCAUGUUGGUUAAAGAAGAUCCUUGUGGAGUUUCAUUAGAAACUACUGAUCCACGAACCAAUGAAAUCACGUCAGCUGUAUCUUCUAUUCGUAUUGAAUAA